AUUAUACAGCACUGUUGCCGCUCGCCUGCUUCUUCUUACGCCUUGUUUCGGCCGAAUUGUACACGUUUUUGCUGCAAUUUUGUUGGCAUUUUCUCUUCAGUUUGCACUUAUAAUCAAUCUGAAUACAAUAAGCACUCAAACGCAUUAAAAAUGGCAUUAACGUCGCGUUUCUACAACGAAAAAUAUCCGGAGAUUGAAGAUGUCGUCAUGGUAAACGUGCUCUCAAUUGCCGAAAUGGGCGCUUACGUCCAUUUACUAGAGUACAACAACAUUGAGGGCAUGAUCUUGCUGUCGGAGUUGUCUCGUCGUCGUAUUCGAUCCAUCAACAAAUUGAUCCGCGUGGGCAAAACGGAGCCAGUGGUUGUCAUUCGUGUAGAUAAGGAAAAAGGCUACAUUGAUCUCUCCAAGCGUCGUGUCUCACCAGAAGAUGUGGAGAAAUGCACCGAGAGAUUUGCAAAAGCAAAGGCAAUUAACUCCCUGUUGCGUCAUGUGGCUGAUAUUUUGGGCUACGAUAGCAGCGAGAAGCUUGAGGAACUCUACCAGAAGACGGCCUGGUAUUUCGAAAAGAAAUACAACAGCAAAACGGUCGCAUAUGACAUCUUUAAGCAAUCGGUGACCGACGCAUCUGUCUUCGAUGAAUGCAAUCUGGAUGCCGAGACCAAGGAGGUGCUACUUAGCAACAUCAAACGUAAACUUGUUUCGCCAACAGUUAAAAUACGCGCGGAUAUUGAAUGCUCAUGCUACGGCUACGAGGGUAUCGAUGCAGUCAAAGCUUCGCUCAGCAAAGGUCUGGAGCUGAGCACAGAAGAGCUGCCCAUUCGAAUUAAUCUCAUAGCGCCACCGCUCUAUGUAAUGACCACUGCCACCACAAAGAAGACAGACGGACUUAAGGCCCUGGAGGUGGCCAUUGAGAGUAUACGCGCCAAGAUAAUUGAGUUUGAAGGCGAGUUUAAGGUAAUCAUGGCACCCAAACUGGUUACGGCCAUUGACGAGGCCGAUCUGGCGCGUCGUCUGGAGCGUGCCGAGGCUGAGAAUGCGCAAGUGGCUGGCGAUGAUGAUGAAGAGGAUGCUGCCGAUCAGGAGGGUAUGCAAUUUGAUCCCGAAAAGGAGUUUAACCACAAAAACACUUCCUUGCGCGCCAACGAUGGCGAUGAUGAUGACGACGACGAAGAAGAGUAGAUGAAAAGAAAAUUAUAGAAAGAACCCAAUUCGACCUAAAGCAACAACACCCAGCAUUAAAAAAAAAGAAAGAAAAGAACAAUUAAUAAAUUAUAAUGUACAUUAUACGUAUAUGUAU